GAUUCGGGAGCUUGUCUUGUGUUUGUAGUCGGGGCGCUGUUCAAGAGUCCGGCUCUCGGCUUUCCAGUUUUGCAGAUGGCUCCUGAAACUCCCAAGGAAAUAAUGCUUCAAAGCUUAGCACGAUUACUGCGGGAUUCUGGAGACUUGAUUCUGGAUGGCACUAGCACCUUGACCUUGUGCACCUCCACACUAGAGAUUCUCACGCAGAUCUUUGAACAGCACUUACUACCACGAAACCAGAACCAUGGUUUCAUUGCACUCUCGUCACACCCUGCUGAAACUUCUGCCAUCCUUCAUGCCCAAUUCCUCUUUGAUGUCUUACAAAAGACUCCCUCACUGAAGCUCAUUCAUGUUCCUGAUUAUGCUCUGCCAGCUGCUGUGAAGAUUUCCCCUUUCAAAUCUUUGCGACGUUUAGAGCUGAAGUGUGUUCCUUUACAUUGUCUGCGCGGCCUGCGGUGUGUGUAUUCACAGUUGGAGGCUUUGAUCUGUUCCAAAUGUGUGAACUCUCUGAAAGAGAUCCUCUCUGCAUGUGGAGGGGACUUCAGUUCUGCACUUCCGUGGCUGGAAUUACAGACAGUCAACUUCAGCUAUAACUCCAUUGUAACCCUGGAUGAUUCACUGCAAUUGUUGAAUGCCUUGAAGGCUCUGGAUCUUAGUCAUAAUCUUAUCCAGGACUGUGAGCAUUAUCUGACCGUGCUGACCGAGCUGGAAUACUUAAACUUGGCCUAUAACUUCCUGCCUAAGAUGCCUGACCUUGGGCUACACAGCCAGGCUAAACUGGUGACCCUUAUCCUCCGGUACAACCAGCUUGAUAGCAUUAAUGGUGUGGAACAGCUACCCAGCCUUCAGCAUUUGGAUGUUGCUUAUAACUUGCUGCUGGAGCACACUCUGUUAGCGCCACUGUCCUUGCUGCACAACAUACGAAGACUGAACCUGGAGGGGAAUCCUUUAUGGUUCCAUCAGAACCACCGGCCUGCAACCAUAAUGCAUUUGUCUCCUAGGGCCAUUUCCUUCAAGUUCCUUCUUGAUGAAGAGCCACUAUCUGCCUCUGACCUACGGCACCACUCAAAACUGGAUCACGCUUUUUCGCAGUCACUGUGCACACCAGCCUCGGAGAAGACCCUGACGGACCGCAGUGCCCUGGAAAGUUCUUGCGCUGCAGACCAAAGUGACAGCCAGUCCCCUGGAGAGAGCAAAUCUGCCAGACUCCCCACUCGAAAGAGAACUAAGGGGAAGGUUAAAGUGCGCAGGGCCAGCAUUUCGGAGCCCAGCGAUACUGAACACAAGCACAGAACACUACCCCUCUCAGCGGGUAUAGUUCGGCAGCACCAGGCAGAGAUGGAGCGCAUGGACAGUUUCCGGGAUCGCUUUGGUGAGCACUGGCUCCAGUACAGGCGACACCUGGAAGCAGAUGGACAGGCAGGGGGCAUCACCCCCUCUGGCAGCCCCACAGUAGGAUCCUUAAGCAGCUCAGCUGGGGCUUCGGAGCAGAGCAGGAGCCCAGCGCCAGAGCAGAGGAUUCUUGAUGCUGCAGAGGAAAAAGAACUGGCACUACCGCCAGCUGAAGUUAUGGUGGACGGUCUCAAGGCAAUAGUGGAAACAGAAGGGCUGGAGGCAGCGAAAGAAGAUAACGAUCAGGAGGAAAACCUGGAAGUGGACCUCUGCCAGCCAGUGUUGGUAAGCCAGAUAGAAGGUGAUGGUGACCCAGAACCCGACUGGAUCUUCCUGCGGGUCACUGUCCAGCAUGUAAUGGAGGUGGAGCUGAAAGCUGCCAGGGUUCUGCACAGGCUGGAACUGCAAAGCCUUCAGAAAGUAGAGACCUCGGAGAUGCCUUGGAGGAGGAUGGACCUGGAGCGUGUGUUUCCUGUUCUGACGCUGCAUUUCAACUACAUCUCCAAGGACCGUCGGAAGCGUCGAUAUGUGGUAUUGGAUGACCAGCCUGAACUGUGCGUACAGGACUUGCUCAGCGUGCUGGCGCCCAUCCUGGAGAAAAACAAGCAGAAGACCAGAGGUCAGGCAGAAGGAGGUCCAAAGCUCCAGUGCCUGAAAUGCAAACAGGAGUUUGCUGAGAGCCUGAUGCCUGGGUGGCAGAGUCCAGGCCCUGCUAAUGACACUGCAGCUUUCUCUGAGCAAGGGUCUACUUUUCCCAGUGAGCCCAUGGUCUGCCCCAGCUGCUCCAGCGACCACGUGGUCAUCUUGCCCUGCGAGAGACGCCCCAGCACACCAUUGUUCCUCCAGGACUGCCUUGGUGAAAGCCAGCAGGAGUUGGAGUCAGGGAAGUUCUUCAUUGGGGGAGACAACAACUCUUCAUCAGGAACCGGCUCCAGUACCCGGACUCAAGAGCUGGGCAGCGACCCCGGCAGCAUGGCGCAUUCCAGUUCUCGCAGUUACGAAGGGGCCGAUGCUGGCCAGAGGGCCCUGAGCUCCAAGGGUCACUGCUCCUCCCUCAGCCACACAGACACCAACGCAGGGAGCCUGAUGGGGAGCUAUCACUAUAGUACUUCCCAGGGGCCCACCCCUUCCCAGCUGUCCCUGAGCUCAGAGCACGAGGAGCACUGGAACCUGAGCCCCCCCAACAAUAGUAUAUUGGACAUGCGGGACUUCUUCUCUGUGGACCAUCGACUAAAACUUUAUUUGGAUAUGGAGGUCUUUGAGAAGGCGGAAGAGUUCAAAUGCUUUCUCAAGGUAGCGGUAGUGAAAACUGGCCAGCCUGGGGAGUUCCUGGCACUCCUGGUGGCUUCCGACGUCCAGCUUCAUGUGUUGGAGGUUAAGGGAGAGAUAAGGGGACAGCCAUCAGACUGGCUGAAGAAGUGUGACUGUCACUGCCUGUCUGACCUGUCCUGCCUGGAGAUAGGGCUUUGCCAUCAAAGCUUGCAUAUGGCAUUUGUGAAUCCUUGUGCCUCUUACACCCUGCUGCUUCGCAACCAGAGCCGCUGCAGAAGUUUCCUCCAGUGCCUGACACAUCUUGCCCAGGAAUUGCCGACCAAAAGCAGGGAAAAAAUCCCAGAUGUUACUGUGGUGGAAAUGAACCCGCAGCAUCCGUUAUGGCCAUUGCUUGACAAGGACCUAGCGAGAGAAGCUGCAGCAGGCUCGGCCAGACCUUUCUUCUACCUGUUGGCGUAUCUCGUCCAAGGGGCUUCUGCCUUCCCUGUGACCUUGCUCAGCACCCAUAGUAACAUAUUCUUGGUGGAAGAAGAUUACCAGUGGCAAAACGUCCCACCCUCCUCCGGCUCAGACAGUGGUGCUGAGAAGCAGCCCAGCAGCUGCUUCCAGCUGAAAGAGAACGAGCCAAUCAGCAGCAUCAGCGGUGUUGUGCUUUACCGUUUCUCCCCUUGUGAUGUGAAGCUGCAGCUUUAUGAUGAGGUUUUAAAGGUGGAGAGCACUUGGCAUUUGCGAACAGAGUGUCCAGACCUGCUGGUGGAGUUGGUAGAAUGGCUGCGUGUGCCCUGGGAAGAGAUGUUCUCCAUUGCUCUCCGUAAGACGGUGCUGGAUAUGCUGGAGUGAAUGAAGGAAAACUGACUAAAGUGUUUCUGUCGCUGUUGAAUUGGGAGGACAGUAUUUGGACCACUUUCUUCCUCACCAUUUUGAACAUUGCUGCUGUUGGCCGUUCCAGCAACGUCUGGUAACUGCACCUGGAUAGCUUGCGUCUAUCCUCUGUUUUGACCGCACAGACUGAAGGCCUCUCAAGAGUGACUCUGUAGGUCACUUGCUGUAGAGAAGGAGGCAAGCCAGCCACUGAUGACUUCUUUCUGUUGGAGCGGAAGAGAGUCUGGAGUGGCUCCAAGGCCAAUCCUAAGAUGACCACAAUGGUUCCAUGGGCACUUGUCACUUUCUCUUGGGUAGCCGCUGCUGGAGAUGCUAAAGGACGUCAUGCAAAAUGGUCUGGCAGUUUGAAUUGUGCACAGAACUGGAUUCUGCUGAUUCAGAUGCAGGAACUUGUUGCUCUCAGUGCAGAUCUCUAAAACAUCCUGACCUUCUUUGUUUAGUAUUAUAGGGUUUGUUUUCCAAACUGGUCAGAAAUAUAUGCUGGAAUCUGUGUCCCUACACUGGCAGAACUGUUCCUAGGUCUGUCUUGGCUACUUGGGGCAGAAGUUUAAGAACUGUCAUACACUUUGUCUCUGUGGAUGCGGAGAUUCUUGGCACUCAGGAUAUGACUCACUGGAAGCCAUAGCUUUCCCUGGGCAGGACAAACAAAGCUCAGUUUUAACUGAGACUUUUAAUUUUUGGUGUUUAAUAAAAGUGGGUUUUU